CACGUGACUAUAAUGUUUACUAUUAGCUAAACGGAGUUUGGUCGGCAGUUGCAGAUCCGUCUGUGCGGCUGGACAUGUAGUUUUAUAUUCACCCGUAGACAUCUAACUAAGUGCCAAACAGAGAGAUGAGCAGCUCACAGCAGAAAGCCAGGGACAUUGUGGGGGUCUAUAAUCAUAUUUUGGAGAAGCAGAUUGUGGAACAGGGCUCCAGCCUGCCCUGCAGAAAUGAGGACCUGUGGAUGCAGGUGGAGGACCGCCUGAGGAACGGAGAUGCUCAGAACACGCACUGUCUGGGUCUGGAUCCACUCAGAGUGAUGGAAGAAUCGUUGAAGGCCGAGGCAGCAUCAGCACCAGCGACAUCCCCCGGGAGGAGACUCCGAGUCAAAGCAGGACUUCAGGGCCUGGCUAGAGCUUUUGGAGUCCUGGAGCAAGCAUCUUUGAACCUGUACCUGGGACCCUGGAGGGAAGAGUACAGAGUCAUCAAGAUGUACUCUGGUACAUUCACCCACUACAUCACACCAGUGCUGUCUAUGCCACAGAUCGAAAAACUGUUUGGACUAUUGGGAUACAGCCUGGGUCCGCCCGAGCAACUUCAUCUCCAGUCACCUAGAGUCAGUCCGGCUUCUCUGGACGACUUCCUCCGCUUGUCUUGUGCCUUCUUCAUAGCCCGCUGCGAGUGUCAGCUUCUAGUGACGGCUCUUGGGAAGCAUGUCGGUGAUGCCAAGUGGGAGCUGGGUGUAGUGAAGGAAAGGCAGAGAGGAAGCAUCUUACACGUUGCUCUGGAAAACACCAGGAAAAAGUUUGAGGUCAAGCAGCCACUCCCGGAGCCUGUCGAUGGAGAAAUGGAUCUGUACGGAGAUGAGUCGGGGGACGGAAAAGCUUGUGGGGUUAAAUUCAAUGCAAUGCCGUGUCCUGCUGAGAGGUGCAUCAGCGGAGAGGUUUGCAUGUCACCAUCGCUGGAGUUGGACACCAAAAACCUCCCCGACAGCAAAAGUCCAGACGAGUUUUCCUGUAAGAGUCUGAUGUUUGGUAAAACCGACUCCAAGCAACUGGCGAAAGCUGAGGCUGAACCCAGUCAGUUCUGCAGCUGUGUUCACUCUAAUCUUUCUUCUCUUUGUCUUAAACAAUGUUUUGAAUGCAAGGGCUUACACUAUUACAACUGUGACUCUCUUAAAGUUUGCAAAAUGAAUGGUCACAAAGUGAAGUUUGCCGGGAAUCCAAAUGAAUCAGAGGAGCCAUCACUACCGAGCGGGGUCUCGUCAGACCCUCCCCCGUACGACAGCGCAGCGAUGCCCUCCUUAGCCCCGUGUGACGAGCCCACACCCGUCAGUCAGUCCAUCCAUCCCAUCUCCUUCCACGGCUGCGUUGACCUCGCCAAGCCGGACCCUCAGGUCCUGUGUCGCAGCUGCAGUGUUUUCCACUCCGGUUCCUGCAGAGAGGGAGAUCUAUGCCAAACAAACCACGACAUCUGCCCGCUCGGGGUGUGCUCCUGCGGGAAGCUGUGCUCCAGGAAGCCCCUGGUUCUGUGCAGGUACUGUGGUAGGGAGUUUUGCACCAACUGUUGGUACAGAAAUCCUGUUUCAUGCAUCUGUGGCCAAACCUUUGACCAGUCGUCAUCAGUGUGAUUUGUAUUUGAAAUGUUUUGCACUAAAGAGGCACAUUUAACAGUCGCUGUGCCUUAAAUUUGCGUACUAGAACAACACAUUCUUUUUUCCCCUUUUGGAUGGAUGAAUUUAAAAAUUGCCUUGUCGGAAAUACAGUUGUUUUUUUUUUUUUGAUAUUUUCCGAUGUUUCUCGUUUUCUGUUAUUGAACUAUUCUGUAAGUUGCCAAAUAUUCACCGUUGGCCUUUUAAAAACCGUAGCAUUUGUUGAGAAAGUUGGGACUAUGGUUUGUUUUCCUGGUUCACUUUACUGUGAUGUAAAGCUCACCUUUUUUUUUAAACCACAUGUUGUUUGCACAGUUUGGAGUAAAAAUGGCCAUCACACAGUUUGGUGAAUGUAUCCUUUUUAAGGUGUGAGCUUAAUUUGUUACCGUGGUUACAGGUGUAAUAAAGAGAGAACAUCCUGAGAAUUGAGUCAGCACUUUUUGAU